UUAAGCACGGGCAGAAUGACCCGACUAUCUUGAAAAUUAUGGAACGCCUCGUCCCUCCCAUGAAUAUGAACUGUAUAGCUGAAAGACGCCCUCCACUGGAACCGACCGCUGCGGCAACCCUGAGCGAUUUUUCCUUUUAUGUAGCAAUAAUUCUUCUGCUCUGCACUAAAAUUUCACACUUCAUCUCAAUGAACACUGUAUGGCAAAAAUGCCAGAUUUAAAACGCUUCAUACUGAAAACUGAAACCCAUUUACUAUUUGUGGGACCCUCUCUCUCUCUCUCUCUCAUUCAGCUGAAAGAAUCUUGUCAAGAAGCCACAAACCAAACAAUGACUAUCUGCUGUACUUAAGAUGCAUAUGAUACAAUUGUUGUUCUUGUACUUGUACUCCAUGCUUUCACAUGGGGCCUCAGAGAAAUUUUAAAUAAUUCAAGGGAGAAAAGUUGGUGGCAGGGCCUUUCUAUAAUCUCCUCCUGCGUAUAUAAUUGUUUGUUCAAAAUGGCAUUUUAGCAAUGUUGACGGGAGACAUGAAUUCUUCCUUCAGAAUGUGCAGAAUCUUCUGCAUUUACCUUUUCAACUACCUGCUUUCCGUUUUUUCUUUUCCCUCCCAGCACUCAUUUCAUGGUUAUAUUGUAUUUGCCCCCAUGGGACUCGUGUAUACACUCAUUCAUAGUUCCUAGAUUCCAGAUAGAAUAGAUUUUGCUGGCUGGGGCUUGCCUUGAGUGUAGUCUGUAGACAUUGAACUUUCCAUGGUCUCGAAUGACCGUGUCUGAGAGACCUUGCAAUGAGCAUGAGGGAGGUGUUUGCUUAAUCUCCAGCCAAAGUGAAGACACCCUUUUCACUCCUUCAGCUAUUGGUAUGACUUAUGAUGAGCAUUCGAACAGGGGGAAGGAAAGAUUAACCUUCCACAAGCCACUGAAGAUGACAUUGAUGGAGAGGAAGAACUCUACCCAGAAGCUUGCCGAGACGAUUCAUUCCCUACUUGGGUUGAAGUCGCAUUUGACUUCUACUUGGAUCAGAUCAGUAUGUGGCAUCAUGAGAACCCUACCAUCCCCUCGUUCGUCUGACAGGAUCGGACUGAAAAUAUCUGACACAGAGAAGGAGAAUAACACCAGUGACACGGACUUGAGCAUUGUCAUUCCGAAAAUCGGAGAUGAACUUGCUGAGCUGCAUGAUUGUAUCAAACGGUUGAACGUUCGAAGAAGGCAGGUUCUCAAUGAGUACCUGGACAUGAAAGGAAAUAUUCGUGUAUUUUGCCGUGUCAGACCGAUGAAUGUGACUGAGAAAAUUGGGUGCGCUAGGCCAGUUGUGGCCACAGAUUCGAGCACUGUUUUCCUAAAAGUUGCAAGCGGCAAGAACAAAAGCUAUAGUUUUGAUAAGGUUUUCCACCCGAGUUCAUCACAAGGUGAAGUUUUUAGCGAAGUUGAGCCUUUGAUCAAAUCUGCAUUGGAUGGGUAUAAUGCCUGCAUCUUUGCAUAUGGUCAGACGGGCACAGGGAAAACUUUCACAAUGGAAGGUACUCCAGAUUUUCCGGGAAUAGUGCCUCGUAGUGUUGAAGCACUGUUUAAGCAUGCUUUGGAGAGUAAUUGUACACACCUCUUCACUUUCAGCAUGCUUGAGAUUUAUUUGGGUAAUCUCAAAGAUUUGCUUGUCCCUCAGCCUAAACAACCAACAGAUCUGAGGCCGCCAUGCCUUUCAGUCCAAAUGGAUGCUAGGGGUGGAAUUGAGGUUGAAAACCUUGUGGCAAUACCAGUGAGCGACUAUAACCAAGCCCUAAGGUUGUAUAAACUGGGUAGCCGAUUCAGGUCAACUGCUUCUACAAAUUCUAACUUAACUUCAAGCAGAUCACACUGUAUGAUUCGCCUAAAAAUCACAUGCUACAAUGCACCUGAGAGACAACGAGAAUCAAAUAAAGUUUGGUUGGUCGAUCUUGGAGGUAGUGAGCGUGUUCUGAAAACAAAGGCAUGGGGCAAGAGACUUGAAGAGGGAAAAGCAAUUAACUUGUCGCUUUCUGCUCUUGGAGAUGUCAUCAAUGCCCUCCAGAGGAAAAAGCCUCACAUACCUUUCAGGAAUAGCAAGCUGACACAAGUUCUAAAAGAUUCUUUAGGGGAGGAUUCCAAAACGCUGAUGCUGGUGCAUGUGAGCCCAAAAGAGGAAGAUCUCUGUGAGACAAUAUGUACAUUAGGUUUUGCAGCAAGAGCGAGAAGCAUCCACCUGGGAACUGAAGACUCUAUAGAAAGUGCACGUAAGGAAGCUGCAAUGCAAAGCCUGCAGGAAACUAUGGUAAAGAUUGAAGAUGAGCGUCAAAGAGUAAGCAGAAAGAUUAAAGAGUUAACGAGAAAGUUAGAAAAUCUAACAGGGACAUCACCUUCCUAUAACCACUCAACUGCUGAAGAGCCUGAGUUCGAUUUUGGCACCACCAAGCAAAAAGCCAAAGAUGUGAGAGCAGCACCUCUAUCUAAACUACCACGAUUUAUGAGGCCAACUAUAUGCAGCCAAAGAAAAUCAGGGACUGAGCACCAAAUUUCCGAGGGGAAGCACCUUGGCCAAACAAAAAGAAGAAGGGCUCCAUCUCAACGUGCAGGGUCUGUGAAUUUCCCCAUGAAGAGUCACUCAGAUUUCAAGUCUGAUUGCAGUAUUUCCAGAGCCAGUUGCCUGGUCGACUUGGAUACCAUGUGCAAUGCAGAUACUGAGACAGAAUACAGUCAUGACAUGACUGAAUGCGAUGUCAAAGUAGUCGUACUCUCAGAGGAGAGAAGCUUCCUGAUGACGACUGAUGGAAAGGCACAGUUAGACCAUGAAAUGGUUCUUCCUAGCAUUGACAGCAAAUUCUAUUCCACAGAAAUUCUAGAGGUCGCUGAUGGGCUGAAUUCGCAGAAUGUGAUAAGUGCUGCUGGUGGUUAUAAGAGUAAACGGGUUCCAGCUGUUCCUCUUCCCCCGAAGUUCAGGCACAAUGGACAGAGUAAUGCGGGUGUAUCGUGCCUUGAAAGAUCAGAUGCAGAGAAUUCUCCAUCGAAAGGCCACAUAGACAUUCGGGAAUAUGAGGAAGAAAGUCAGAAAAGCUACUCUGCAAGCUCAACAUCUGAAGCGGAAAUUGAUGAACUCAUUACCUAUUCAACUGGUUUUACGGAUGCACACUCUGAAACUCGUUGCAGAACUCCAUCCUUAACAAAUGAAUCUAUGAUAUGUACAAAACAUAGCAUUGAUGCCUUGAUGAUACUGGACGAUGACAGUAUCGAUUAUCAACGUCCACAUGAUGCUGUGUGUGGUAGACUAAACCAGAACAGUAGUGAUGGAAGAGUUGAUCAAUUGCCCCCCAUGGAUGGUGUAAAGAGUGAAACCCACAGUUUGGAGGCUUCCCCACAUCAAGAACAUAGAGAAUAUUGUUUUUCUCUGGUUGGAUCUCUUAUUGAUCAAGAAAAAGAACUUGGGGUCAGUACAUCAAACUGUAACUUGGAACCUGACAACUAUAAUGCGUCAUUUGGAUGGACUAGAGGAGAUACCAAAAGGGCUGGCUUGUUUGAAAAAUCAGCAGCAGGAAGACAACAUGACAUGCUCAGAUUGAAACACCAACGCACUCUAUUCAAAGACAAUGCCGGUCAUAAUAAUGUGGACAAUGGCUUGAAAUUGAUUGCAGCAGAGGGAUAUACACAAAAUACAGGUAUGGUAGUUUGCCCAGAUAUUUGUUUCACGUCUCAUGCUUGUAAUCCCUUCUCUCUAACUUUUGACAGGCAUGUUUCAUCUCCUCCAAGAGAAGUUUUGGAAUCUAUAUUUUACCGCUCUUCUAGGACUCGGACUCCAAAACCUUGGAUUUGAGCAUGAAUUUUUCGAUGGUUUGACUCUCUAGAAGAAGCAUCACAUGAAAUGCGCAAGCAACUAUUACUAACUGAUUGAUUGUAGAAGACAGGAGAGACUGAGGUUGCUCGAGCAUGUUUUAUACAGUCUGGAACUUCUAUCGUGCUACUCAUUGCCACGUCUGAAGUCAUAUGCUGCCGAGGGGAUUUCCUUUUCUCCUCCCCCUUGCUUUGGGUCAGUUUGAAUAGCUCUUGUAAGUCUUCCUGAUGGCUGGUUCUGUCCAUCAGAAGAAAUUAGAGAACCGAAGGUUGUGGAUGCAUACUGAACACAUUUGACAGGAUUCUGAUUUUGGCCAUGUAAAUAUGUAGACUCAUCACUAUUUCCAAAAAGUGAGCAUAUUCUAGAUU